AUGUCUGCUUGCUGGGAGAAUCUUGCUAAAACGCUGCAUCCGAGUAAGGGGACACCGUAUGAUGGCGACGGUGACCUCGUGCAUGAGGGUUCAAAAGUGGCGAAUGAGAUGGUGAUACAGGAGCUCGAUGACGGUUAUGCAUACCACGACGACUCCAACGGUAUGGGCACGUUCAACUACAACGUCGCCUCGGCUGGGCACGAUGUACGAAUAGACGUUCGCAGCCACUUCAUGCUGAACCGCCAAGCCAACCAGUCCAACUCAACCGCCCAGCCGCAAGUGUUUGCUCUCUCAUAUUCGCAGCCCGGUCUCGCCACCCCUGAGCCUCAAGAUCCCAACCCCGGCGCCGCGUACCUCGAGUUUGAACACUCCCUCGGAACCCCCCUGGCACGGGCUUUGUUUGCGCACUACGGAGACGAUGGAGCCUGGCCGAUCCAGCCGAUGGACAUCGAGCCCGUGACUAAACAACUGGGGUUCUACCGGCGAGAAGGGCCCUCGAACCCGAGGGCAGUAGAGCAAGGACGCGGGGGGUUUCUCUCGUUUUGGUGCAUCUGUUGGGGACGAUGGUAUGACGAGGAAGAUACUAUCUCGUCAUCUCUGUUCUGGUCACUUGUCACGCCGGAAGAUGAAGACUGUACCCCGGCUGAUCUGGCAUUGGAAAAGGUGGUCAAAUGA